UUAUCUCAAUAAUAAUACAGUCAACUGUAAUUUUGACACACGUUUUUAACCUCAAAUUUCGUGCCGAACAUUUUUUUUACAUAAUUUAACCAAAAUGCAAACUGCACGAAUUUUGGUCCGGAACUCCCUUAAACAAUGGAGGCACAUUUCACGCAGCUCCAUUGCGAGUUCAGUGGAAGCUCAAACAGUCGCGGCGGAAAAAUUGACGAUUCCACCCCCGAGCACGGAGGAAAGGUCGGCCUCCCCCAAGAUCGAGAAACUGUGCACAGAAAUCUCCCAGCUGAACCUACUCGAGGUGUCCGAAUUGAGUACACUGCUGAAAAAACGCCUGAACUUACCGGACGCACCGGCGUUCCCCGUGGGUGGAUUCGCCGCUCCCGCGCCCGCCGAUGACGAAGAGGAGGCUGCGCCACAGAAAGUCAAGUCAGCAUUCACCGUUAAGCUCACUAAGUUCGAUGAAAAACAAAAGGUCGCACUGAUCAAGGAAAUCAAGAAUUUGGUUGAAGGGAUGAACUUGGUGCAGGCCAAAAAGUUUGUGGAAAGUGCACCCACCGUUGUCAAAGCAGAUAUCUCCAAGGAUGAAGCCGAGAAGCUUAAGGAAGCUAUUGAGAAAGUCGGAGGAUCAGUUGAGAUUGAAUGAGGUGGUUUUUAGUGUAGAUUGUAUGUAUGUUAAAUAAUUUGUUAAUAAAAUUAAACAAACGCUU